UUCGUGGGCUCAUUCUCUAAGGUGUGUAUAUAUAUAUAUAUAUAUAUAUAGGCAAAGCCGCAAAGGGAUUUCAGUCAAAUCUCUAGGAAGAAGCUGUAGAAGUGCUGCUGAUUAUUCAUGAUUUGGUAAUGACUGAAAAAAGAGAUGGAAAAAGUCGUUUGGUAUCUGCGGCAGUUUAUUCUUUCUCUGUUAGGACACCGUUUGUUUUUGUGUCCUGUGGUUCCCGCUUCUUAGAAACAGUGUAUAUAUAGAAAUUAAAUAGAGGUGGCGUUGAAGUUGGCUAACUCAAAAAAGGUCCUUUUUUUUUGUUUGGUUUUUAUGUUUUUUUUUUUUUUUCCUCUCUUUUUGGAAAUAUCAUAGUGCAUCAGAUUAACGAAACUCCACGAGAUACCCCAUAAUUCCAACUGCCUUUUUUCAGAAUUUUGCAUUUGGAUGGAUAGAUAAAUAUACACCUCUCUCUCUCUCUCUCUCUCUCUCUCUCUCUCUCUCUCUCUGUGGCUUCUGAAUCUAAGCUCUGGCACUGUUGAGAAGGUCCUGAUCCCUCCUAACACAAAGGUCUUUUUCUACUUCACCUGUGACAUCAUAAAGCAACUCAAAAUCAAUGGACUCCACGGGAUACCCCAUAAUUCUAACUACCCUUUUUAAUUAUUUCCCUCAACCGCCUAAUAAUUUUUUAUUUUAUUUUUUAUUUUUUAUUUUUUUCCCCCUCUCUUCUCUAAUAUCUCACCAGGACCUGCAAAAAUCCAAUCUUUUCUUUCUUCCAAUUUGCUCUCUUUAUGGAAAAGGAACGCGAGGAAACCAUGGAACAAAACCAUCCCAGCAGAACGCUAAACUUCAAUGCUCCACUUCUAUCAACAAGGCGUCUUGGGAAUCCACCCACUACUUUACAAAUAUCUUGCACCAACUUAGCCUCCAGGAAUACAAGCAGCAGCGAUAGGAUUCCAUUCUCAUGGGAACAGGCUCCUGGCAAACCCAAGGACUUCGAUACACGUGAUGAUCAUGACCAAGAAACCACCCCUCCUCCCAAGCUCCCUCCAAGCUGGUGGCGUCCGCCGCCGAUUCAAUCCACCGAGAAAGGCCAUCAAAACUACUACUGCGACGACGGAUUCGACGGAGAUGUAGACAUCGACGAUAAUGAGUUGGACGAUAUUGGUGACGUGGACGUUUUCUCGGAUGCAAUAGAUGUGUUCUCGUUGUCAGAGGCAAUAGACAUAGUGGAAAAAUCUCAGAAAAUGGACGCCGUGGAUGGAUUGAAGCUAAAGCUAGCGGAGUGCCGUGGGGAAGUGACACCGAAUUUCAUAAUUCAGCGGUUUCUUCCCGACGCGACGGCAUUGGCUGCCUCUUCUUCAGCUUUGAGUAUUUCGAAGAAUGGUGGUCUGAAUUACGAGGAGGAGGAGGAGGCUUCUUAUUCGGAGAGUAGUAGUGGAAGAGCGGUGAUGAGGAGGCAGUCGUAUUCUCCACCAAAGGGUUGCGGUCUGGAAUUGUUAUUCCCAUGGCGGAUGAAGCACAAGCUGUGCGGUGUAAAGAGUCCUGUUCGCCAUGCUUCUUCUACCGUCACUACUGUGCAACAACAACAACAACAACAACAACAACAACAACAACAACAACAUCAUCAUCAAAAACGUAAAAUUCUACACAAAAAACAUUGAUUCCACCCACCAUCAACAACAGUCCUUGUAAUUAAAUAGUAGUUUUAUAUCAAUAAUUAAUCAAUGUAUGUUUACAAUUA